AUGAAGGCAUCCACUUGCAUCAGUACUUUGCUGGCUUCCGUGCCUCUUGCCCUUGCCGCCUUCCGGGAAGGGUGCCCAGAGGCCUCGUGGGACUCGGAUGUCGACUUCUGGGAGACCAAAUUUGAGUCUUCCGAGAGCAACCCUUUCGCUGCCGAGUACAACAACACCUUUGUCAAGAUUCGUAACAGACAGCGCAGACACAUCCUGCUGCACUGCACCAACGAGCCUCCUCCAGAGUCUGUGACAAACGGCUCUCUCGUGGUCAAAGUGCCUGUCGAUAGCGUUGAAGCCCUUGAUGGCUUCUCACAGCAUCUCAUUGAGAUGCUCGGCAUGUCCCACACCAUCGCACGCGUUGGACCGUAUGACACGGUCACGUCGUCUUGCGUCAGGGGCCGCAUGCGAGAGAACGUGACCUAUGAUGAGGAGAACUGGGACAAAGCACCCGAGGCUAAUGUCACCUUACACGGCGAUGUCAGUCAACGCUCGGACGCUUCUCGGAUCCUCAUCAUCAACAACGGGCAGUAUGCGCCGUUGAAGCAGCUGGGCUACCUAAAGCUUGUCAGUAUGCUCUAUGGUCUUGAGGAAGAAGCCAACAGCAUCUACAACGCUAUUGCCUCCAGUUAUCGCUGUGCUGCCUCCAAUAUCAACAGUUUGAUAGUGUCAGAAGACUAUCCACAGGGCGCCUUCUUGUCGGCCGUGGAACAGGAUGGGUCUGACUUUGCAGCCUACCAGAAUGAGUGGUGGAAGGUUAUUGCUUCAGAUGCUGGAGUACGACUUGUCAACCUCACGUCAGACCUGGAGAGCCUCUCGGAUGAAGGCACUUUCGGCAUUCCAGCAAGUGAUGGCCAGAGCACUUUCGCGAGAGAAUCUUGGGCCAUCAUUGAUACCACGCAGCACAAUCUGGGCGGGCUACAUGACCAGGCGGAUCGUUUGGACCUGGCAGCAUGGAAGACUGCUACCAAUGUUGCCAACAACGCUUAUGCUGUCCGUCAGGAGCACGUGUACCUCACCGAUAAGCAGACUAAUCGCAACCGUCGCCACAACUUCCCCGACCGUGGCCCAGCCCGCCCUGACCUGGUCCUCCGUGACGUGAUCUCCUUUAUCAUGCCAUCGUUCGAUUCAGCAUACGAGACAUCAUUCCUACGACCAGCAACCAAUCCAGAAGACCACGCUCCUCAGCGCCGUAUCUCAGAUAACUGCGCCGUCACGGAGAAUGCAGUCAACCAUCUCAACAUCACUGAGUGCGAGUUGCCCGCAGGAACGGGCGGGUACCAUGCUUCUGGCACGGUCGCAGACGCUUAUGGCCACGACAGCUCCGAGGUCCAGUCCCUUGCUGUUGGUGGUGGGAGUGCAGGUCUUUCCGCCGGACAGAAGGCGGGCAUCAGCAUUGGCGCCAUCGGUGGUGGGCUGCUGCUUGCUGGAGCUGCUGCUUGGUGGUUCGUGCGCAGGAAGCGCGCUGCCAAACAAGCUGGCCCUGCAAGGUUCAAUGGACCUAUGUCGAUCAACGACGCCGAGAAGGGUCCGGCUGCUGCCGCAAAGAGCCUCAGCGAUACGAGCAGCAAUUGA